AUGCGUUUCUCAUCCUCAAUUGUCCUGUUUGCAUCCACCGUUGUUGGCCUGGGCAUUAAUUGCCGUGGCAGCGGCUUGUGCAACCUCUCUUUCGGUCCCAGUAUCCAGAACAUCCAAGAUCAGAUAGGCAACAUGAUUGCCGAUGGUCAAGGCGAUAGAUUCUUUGGCGAUGGCGCCCAAGUCGCUUGCACAUCAGGUGACGUAGGCAGCAUAUGUGCGUUCUUCCAGAGCGGCGCUUCUGGAACAGCCAACGAUGCUUUCCACUACAUGCAGGAGAUUAUCGAUCACGGUUGCAAGCUUUGUGGAAGUGUUCCUACACAGCCGGGAAAUAACGUGGCGAACGGGCAAUUGACUGUCAAUGCUGUCAAAUAA